AAAGUGUCCUUUGUCCUUAAGGUGCAGUCAUACGCAGUAUGUUCAUCAUUUUCUUAGGGUCCUGACGGUAAAUUUAUCUCCAUGACCCAGGUCAUCCUCAGCUUCUGCAGGUCUCCCCUCAAGAGGCUCAGUAAAUAGUUGUGCCAGACCGAAUGCCGUUUGGUGCUCAGCUGGGGCCUCAACCUGCCCUUUCCGACCCUCUUUAGAAGUUGAAGAACAAUGGUAACAAAUAAGUGACCGAAGACAGCUCAACAUGAUAGCUAAAUAAGCUUGGCUGAACUCAAAUCUCAUCAAAUGCAGUCUGCAUGUCUGGUAUCUUUUAUCUUCCCAAGGGUGGAGAUCCGGUUGGAUUUAGGAAAGGCACUUCUUUUCACGACAGCCUCAUCCUCGUGGCACUGUGAAAAAUGGCAUGACCUUAUUUCUCCGCUUUUUGCCAAAGCAUUUCCUCCAUGCUGUCCUUAGUUUCCUUAAAAUUGUCUUGCUGCCUGGGCUCUUGGCUUUGGCACCACGAUUAAUGGACUCCAGUGUGCUGCCAGCUUGCGCAAUCACUUGGCUAACAAUCGUAUUUGCUACCUCGUACAUGGCUGAUGUGGUGCAUGAAGAGGAAGCAGAUGAAGCUGCCUUCCCGCUCUCCUCUGGCCUGCUGGAAAGUCUGGAGGAUGAUCUUGUCUCUGGGAUCCUGACCUCCUUGCCUUUUCUUACACCUUCUCCCUCUUUUAGAUAUUUUGAUCUAGAGGGAUUUUUGUGGUCUGUCUACCAGACUUAAUCUUGUCAGAUUCUUCCUGGCCCUUAAUGGGCAUGACUUGAAUUCUCUGAGAAAACCUACAGUUGCACUUCCAUGACACAGACUGACCUAAAAGUCGAGUGUAAACUUUGCAAACAGCAGUUUGCAUAUCACAGCUCAACAACCAACAUGUAUAUCAUGUAAAACAGUAGGCUAACUUGUCUACGUUAGGAUGCUCCGUCCACUUUAGUGUGUAACGCACAAGGCUUUGAGUAUUUAUUCCUCAAUAGUUCUUGUGCUGGGAUCACCAGAUGAUACCACUAGUUCUAUUUUUGGAAGUUAUAUGAAUGAGAGAAGGUGUAUGCUGGUCGGCUCCAAGUCUGUUGUCAUCAUCAUCAAAGUAAUUAGGUUAAAAUUAUUUCAUAUGCUGCAAAUACUGGUUUGUUAUGUUUAUUUCUAAUUCAUUUACCAGGUAGAAUGCACUCAGUGCAUCGGGCUGGUUUAGUUCAUCUAUAAUGUGAGAUAAUGUGCAGAUUUGUUCCCCCCAUGACCAAUUGAUUGGCUGAAGAGUAGGUCCGAUAUCAGUUGACCAAGAUUUUCUUUGGUUGACUUCAGCCCUUGAUAUAUCCACAUACAUUUUCAUGUUCCUUCUGGCUACCCCACGUACUAUUUUGGUCCUAUGAAAAUGAUGUAAAAUUGCUACCAUGCCUUGUUUUAUUAAGUCUGGUGUUGCUGGUGUGGUGGGAAAUGAAAAGGCCCACACCUGAGCCUAGAAGGCCUAGCCCCCCCUACCACACAGCUUAGUGGUCAAUUCAACAAACUCUCUUUAUCACAGAAAUGAUUCAAUGAAGUCUCUUGGUCUGGUGCAUUAGAGUUACAUUUAUUGCUUCCAGUUGACAACACACAAAAUACCGAGCUGGUCCCGGGAGCAACUGAAUCUGAAUGCAAAAGCGCUCAUAUUUAUAUCAUGUCUCUUAUCUUGCCCUUUGAGGGGCUUCCCACCUUACUCCUCCUAGGUUUCUUUUUCUUUUUUAUGCACACUUUGCCAGAUCUCGUAAAUAAUCGUUUGAUUUGGCUCCCGUCCUACUGCUAGAUAUCUUACUUCAAAAUGAAUGGUGUACUAUUCUAUUUCUAGAUGUCAUAGUUCCCAAACAAUGGUGUAAUGUUUUCACAGUGUUGAUUAAUAAAUAAUACUUUAACGAUCCUUAACAUUUGAAUUAGCGUGAUCACAGUUUUCAUGAAGUGAUUUGAUUAUUGCUAACACGAGGUAAUGUAAAGUGUGCAUAGGUAAUUAUUUCCCACACUAGGAAUAAGAUAAUACCAAUACAUGGCUUCCCAGAUAAGCCAUUUUUGAGUUUAAAAAUGUAUAUCAAUGUGUAUAAUGUAAAUAUCAAGGACCAAAAAAUAUAAAAACCCCAGAAUUGAACAAAAACAUCCUGUCAGGCCUUAGUUUUGGGACCCAAACAUUAUAUAGACAAACUUUGAACAAAAACAGAGAGAGUGCUGCAACCACUUUCCUGGGCUUUGUCUGAUUUGUCAUGGAAUGACCUUUAAACCAGACAGAACAAUGCAGGCCUGAGUCGAGCACAGUGACCUAAAAAAAAUAAAAAUAAAAAAUGAAAAAAAUGUCUGCUUCACUUGCUAUUGUAGGGAACCAAAUAAAAUAGCACGCGCAGGGGACCAAACAGAUCUCAUCUGACCAUUCCUCCAGUGUUUUGCCCUCCGUUUACAUCCCACAACUCAAAUUCUCUCAAAAUUACAAUUUGGCAGGUUGAUGUAAAAUAAUCCAGGUGAUAAUCCAGGGACAUUAUUCAGCCCCGACAAAAACAUGGCGACACAUUUCCUCACACCUCAACGACGGCGCGUUGAACAUCCUGGUGUUAGGCACGUGCACUGCUUUUUAUAUGCACCUGCUUAAUUAGGUGUCGCUGCUGAUUGGGCAAGACCUCUGACACACCCACCGAACGCUCGAAAACAUGCGUCAAAGCCCACUGCACACCGCCGCACGCCCUCUCAAGAAAUGUGUGAAUUUAGUUUUAUUUACAGGCUGUUAUAUUUUAUUAAUCGGUCAAAUGGUGUUUUCAUUUCAGUGUAUGAAUAACGCCUAGAAGAGGAGUAAGUCAUUAAGCUUACGUCGGACGCAGCUGGAGAGGUGCUGUGGUCUGUUGUCAGGGUGAACGGUCGCUUGUCCGAGGAGACAGACAUACUUUUAACAUUUGCAGGUGACUCCGCUCUUGUCAGUCUCCUCCACGCCGAUGAAAACGACCUCGGUCCUGCGGCAGAUGACUUUGUACACUGCCGUGAUGGGGCAUUCCUGCAACUAGUAGCGAUAGUGAGAUAGUAGUGAUGGUGUUUUUCCUUGCCACGGUGGCAUUGUUGUUGAUGAUGUUGGUUGUGAUAUUAUUUACGUUGUUGCUGACUUUUGCUAGCUAUUUCCUUUGCUUUUAUCGUUUUCAUAAGGUGGUUGACUUUUACUUAAAUAUCCAGGCUGUAUUUCAUACGGGUGGCACGUUGAUCUUGUAACUGAUGUCCUGAAAUUCAACACUUUAUACUUUAUUCAGCACUUAUAUAUCUUAUAUAAUAUAUCUUAUAUUUCUUAUACCAAUUCUAUGAUUGGGGACGUCUGCUUUCGGACCACUCUUCUUUAAGAGUUAAAUGACUAUGGUAUUUCUUCCGAUACUGACUUCCUCCAACUCCCAACCAGAUUGCAACACAAGUGUAAACAACUGAGGACUCCAUGUUGGAUGAACCUCUGAACUUCAAUGCACCAGCUUUAGCUUGGAGAAGACAGGGUCGGCUUCAAACUGCGAGUAAACUUUAAUACACCGACACAGAUUCAGGAUCUUUUUGUAAGCAGAUGUGGCGAGCCACGAUGGCGUUUGUUCAUGUUGCCGUGGCUGUGUUCAGUCUCCUGUCUGUCGGACAGUCAGCUCCUGUGACAGGCUGCGAGAGUCUAAUCCAACCUAUUGAAAUCCAAGGAAGAGACCAGCUGCUGGGCAACUGGACAUACUUAGCAGAAAGCACAGACAUCACCGGAUCCAAAUUCCUGACAAAGAUGUUUGUGGAGAGCGCCUGGGGCAAAAUCACAGCUGGUGACGAGAGUGAUGCCAUCAAUCAUUAUCAGGCUCAAAAAAUGUUUGGCCAAUGCUUCUCUAUCACAAUUAAGCUGAUCUUGGAAAAUAGCACUCUCUCUAUGGUUCAACCUUACACUGCUUCUGCCAUCCUGCUGAACACUGGCUGUACUGACUGCCUUGUUCUCUACUCAAAAUACACCACUGGAGGAGGCAAUUACAGUGGUCUCCAGCUCCUGAGUAGGAGAAGUAAGGUGUCUGCUGCUGAGCUGCAAGAGUUUAUGAAGCAGGUAGAGUGUCUGAACUUACCAUCGCCUGCUAUCCUGGACCCAGAAAAAGGUUUUUGCCCAGAUGAGUCUCCCUCCCAAGAAACCGAGACCAUUGAUGUAACCAGUCUCAUGAAUGACAUGGGCUCUGAUGUUUUAAACCUAUUUAGCAAAAUUACAGGCAGAGAUGGUGGACUGAACAUGCUUAUCAAACUGCUCUCCAGUGACAUAGCUGGAUUAAAACAAAAUUAACAUUGUCAAAAAUGUCAUGUGACAUGCUUACAUAAUAAAGAUGUCAUGUCUGUAUACAGAGAUUUCUGC